CUGCUUCAUGGGCCUCGUUCUCAUUUCUAGUUCCCUGCCACCAGGAGGACUGCAGUUCCCGUGGCCAGAGCCACGAUGGCCGCUCAAAUGACGGAUGCCCACCGCCACUUCCUGCAGGCCCUGAUGUCCCUGGGCGUGGUGGAGAGCCCGCAGGCCCUCGCACUCCACCGGCAGUGCUGUGAGCUGCAUAAAGUCCACUAUGCUGCUGACAAACUGGACGACUUCAUCAGCGUGGCCAACCUUCAGCUGCAGCCCCUCUUCCUGGAGAUCCGGAGAGGCAUGGCGGAGGAGACCGGCAGGACGUGCUACGCCUUGGUAAAUCUGGCGGAAUCGGAAGUCACCCGAAUGGCAAGUGACUACUCCGAAACGGAGCUAGAGCUGUUCAAGAAAACGAUGGACCUGAUCGUCCUGUCCGAAAAUGGUUUUGCGUCUUCCACGGAGAUCUUGAACUUGGCCGACCAGCUGAAGCCCAAAAAGAUGAAGAAGAGGGAAGCGGAGCAGGUGCUGCAGCGCUUGGUCGAGGACAAGUGGCUGUCCGAGAAAGAGGGCGAGUUCACGCUGCACCCCCGCUGCAUCCUGGAACUGGAGCAGUACAUCCUCAGCCACUACCCGGACACGGCCCGCAAGUGCCACAUCUGCCACGCCCUGGUUGUUCAGAGCCAGGUCUGUGCAGACUGUGGGAUCGCCAUGCACGCCCCGUGCCUAGCCAGGUACUUCCGAGGGAAGGCAGAGCCUCGGUGCCCGCGCUGCAAACAGUUCUGGCCUCCCGGGACCUCAGCCGUGAGCCAGCCGCCUGCUCCGUCGUCCUCCAGCACCCUGAGGGAGGGCAGAAGGGCCUCCUCCUCCUCCUCCUCCGUGGGACCCCGGCGGCGGCGGUAGAGAUGCUGCUGGGCAAGGCGGACGGGUCCUCCCAGCCGUCACAGCGCAGGAAAGAGCGGCCUCAAUGCCCCCCCCCCACACACACACACACUGGGCUGCUGGAAUCGGCGGCGUUUCUGGAAUUAAAUGUCUCGCUGUCUUUUCCUCAAGGAUUGUUUUGUCCCUUCACUGAUGCCCGUCGGAGGGGCUCCGGGUCACAAGCUGAGCGCCCCCCCCCCC